CGAAAAUUGUGGCAACAGCAUACCUAACUAUAUUUGCAAAUUGUUGCAAUGACGCUGGUGCCAGGAAUUGUUUCGGGGAUAAAACCUAGUAGUGACAACACCGCGCUUCACGGAUAGACGUCAGUGUCAGCGCAUCUUAACCACACUUGCCAAACUGACUGCGACAAAGCCCAGACUUGAGGCAAGGUGAACAACCACCUGGUAGGGAUGAAUCAACUACCCAAGCGCGCCCUCAACUACCCAUCAGCCGAACGCAAUAAAAGCUUCAUCCUCAAAGUGCUGAAGGAGCACAUUGUCGGCAGCGAUGCUGUCAGCAUGUUGGAGGUGUCUUCAGGGACGGGACAGCAUGCUGGACAUUUUGCAGCCAACCUUCCCAAUGUCACCAUUCAACCCACUGAAGUGGACGAGAGUCUGUUCGAAAGCAUCACAGCCUACGCCGGACAGGUUCCUGGAGGCAAUAUGAAAAACCCAGUAAAACUGGACGUACUGGACGGUCCUUGGAAGCUGGACACAACCUAUCAGUACCUGCUCAACGUGAACAUGUUCCACGUGGCGCCAUUCAGUUGUGCAGUGGCGCUUUUUACGUACGGCAGCCAGGUUCUAAUCCCGGGCGGCUUGAUGUUCACCUAUGGGCCUUACGCGGACCAGGGCCGAAUCGAGCCCCAGUCCAAUGUCGACUUCGAUCGCGCCCUUAGAGGGCAAAACCCCGAGUUUGGCCUACGCGAUAUUCAGGACUUGAAAGCAGUGGCGUCCCAAGUGGGAAUCUCUCUGAAACAGGCGCAUAACAUGCCGGCAAACAACAAGGUCCUGGUGUGGGAGAAAGUGGCCAACUGAGGCAAUCCGAUGGGCUUUCAGCGUGUUGAUGGCAGUUUUUAUUAUAAAAGCCAACGAGAAUCACAAUAUACGGACUUUCACGCGAUUA